AUGCUGCCCCAGGAUGCCCUGGUCGUGCGGGAGCAAGCCGGGCCUGACCACGCAGUGGUCAAGUAUUCCGCCGAGGACCUCUCGAGACCCAAGGCUGGUCCAGCGAAUCCCUUCAAGGCAGAGACGACAGCGGCUGCGAAGCGAAAGAAUGUCUUGACAGGCACGGCGGAGGAGACGUUUAUUUCCGAGCACACAUUCCGCAGCAAACACAGAGCGAUCGAGCGACGAGGCGGCCCCGAGCGCGAGUACCAAACCGUUGCGCAACGCAAGCAAGCAGACGCCCAGGUGCGCGCAUCACGCGAGAGCAAGGGCAGCGCGACGAUUGCAGAAGGACCUGGAAGUUAUGUCGGCCCCUGGGCGAGGUACAAGAAGGUCGAAUACGAAGUCGUCGACGAGAACGAGCCGCUGGCGAGUGACGAAGAGUACGAGAUGGUCGAAGAGGAGGAAGAUGACGUGGUGGAGAGCGGCACGGUUGUUAAAGCGCCUGAAGCUUCCCUUGCGCGACGCAAGGAAGUUGAGGAGAUGGGUGACGAGACGACAACGUUCAACGGUUCGCAAGAGCGCGACUACCAAGGCCGCACCUACAUGCACGUACCGCAAGAUCUGGACAUUGAUCUGCGCAAGGAAGUGGGCAGCACCACGAACUACAUUCCCAAGAAGCAGGUGCACAUAUGGAAGGACCACAGCGGCGCGGUAACGGCGCUGCGCUUCAUCCCCGAGUCGGGCCAUCUCCUACUUUCCGGUGGUGCCGACACGACGGUGCGCAUCCGCGACAUGUACCACGACCGGGAGCUGCUCCGGACGUACGCGGGCCACAGCAAGGCCAUAUCGAGCCUGAGCUUCAACCGGGACGGGACGCAAUUCCUGUCUGCGUCGUACGACCGCAUGAUGAAGCUCUGGGACACGGAGACGGGCGCGUGCGUGGCCAAGUUCACGACGGGCAAGACGCCGCACGUGGUCGAGUUCAACCCGGACCCGGAGCACGCGCACGAGUUCCUGGCGGGCAUGUCGGACAAGAAGAUCAUGCAGUACGACGUGCGGGCGCCGCCGACCGAGAUCGUGCAGGAGUACGACCACCACCUGGCGGCCAUCAACACCAUCGUCUUCGUCGACGGCAACCGGCGGUUCAUGACGACGUCGGACGACAAGUCGCUGCGGGCGUGGGACUACAACAUCCCGGUGCCGAUCAAGUACAUCGCGGAGCCGGACAUGUACCCGAUGACGCGGGCGGCGGCGCACCCGAGCGGCAAGUACGUGGCGUACCAGAGCUCGGACAACCAGGUGCUGGUGUUUGGCGCGACGGACAAGUUCCGGCAGAACCGCAAGAAGAGCUACCGCGGGCACCACAACGCGGGGCUGGCGAUCGACCUCGACUGCAGCCCGGACGGCCAGUUCCUGGCGUCGGGCGAUUCGGCGGGCUACGUCUGCUUCUGGGACUGGAAGACGUGCAAGAUGUACCACAAGAUCAAGGCGGGCAACCAGGCCGUGACGUGCGUCAAGUGGCACCCGCAGGAGACGAGCAAGGUGGUGACGGCCGGGCUGGAUGGCGAGAUCAAGUACUGGGAUUGA